UCCUGUGGGUGGGGCGGUGGGGUGGGUCCAGAGCAUGCCCUGGUGAGAAGGCUCCUCUAGGGGAGCCCAGGGCGCUCCGGGAGCCUGCUGGUUUCGGGGUGUCUCCUCCCGGGGCGCUAUGGCGGCGUUGGCCAGUAGCCUGAUCCGACAGAAGCGGGAGGUCCGCGAGCCCGGGAGCAGCCGGCCGGUGUCGGCGCAGCGGCGCGUGUGUCCCCGCGGCACCAAGUCCCUUUGCCAGAAGCAGCUCCUCAUCCUGCUGUCCAAGGUGCGACUGUGCGGGGGGCGGCCCACGCGACAAGACCGCGGCCCAGGACUCCCCACCCCCACUGUUCGCCUACGUGCGGGUUCUCGCGAUUCUUUCCAUCCGGAGCGGAGGGACCUGGGGGGUUCUGGACGCUUGGGUCACCCCGAGGGUUUCUGCAGCCCUGGCUGCCCCGCCCCCGCUCCGGUUCUCCCGCCCCUCCACGCCUGGGCUCUGCUCUUCCUGGUCCAGCUCGCCUGGCCCGGAGCCAAUCUCUCCAGCUCUCCCCCGGGUGUCCUUGCAGCUACCUCGUUAGCCAGCCCCCUCCGUACGCCCUCCUUCUGUGACCUGCGCUCCGAGAAGGUGUCUCCUCAGCCGCAUUUCACAGCAGAGUGUCGCUUUAAGGAGUGCGUCUUUGAGAAUUACUAUGUCCUGUAUGCCUCUGUUCUCUACCGCCAACGUCGUUCUGGCCGGGCCUGGUACCUAGGCCUGGACAAGGAGGGCCGGGUCAUGAAGGGAAACCGAGUCAAGAAAACCAAGGCUGCUGCCCACUUUGUGCCCAAGCUCCUGGAGGUGGCCAUGUACCGGGAGCCUUCUCUCCACAGCGUCCCUGAGACCUCCCCUUCCAGUCCCCCUGCCCCUUGAGCUGUAGUCCCUGGACUGGAGGCUCCCUGCACUUCCGGUGAGCCAGCCACCGCCACAGCCUGCCUCGUAGCCCUGCUCCAGGCCCUGCUGCUCUUACCCCUGUUACCACACACAUGCCCUAAGCAGCCAGGUCUCACCAGGUGCUGUGCCCUGAGAAGCUUAGGGGCUGGCUGGGACUUCGGGAGUUGCUGAGUUCUUAGAUCCUGGGGCCUAGGAGAGGUUCUGAGAUGGGGGUGCCUGAAAUGAUCCUGGCUGACCACUUAUUUCUUUUCACACUAACUCCUCCCCCUCCAAAGAACCCCAAUUUUUCCCGAAAUGGCGCUGGGGGGUUCCAAAACUGACAAAGCAAGGGAAUUAAUACUCCUCCCCCUGGCUGAGCCAGUUUCUGAAGCCAUGUACUGUAUCCCCCUUUACAUUGCCACGAAGCCAUAGCUUUCCAGGUCGGUCCACUGGCACUCAAAGCUAGUUCCCUUCUCUCCCAGUCCACCUCCUGCCUUGGUCUGGACAGGUUCUGAUCCAGCUGAACACCCCAGCCAGGGCCCUUCUGUGUGCUGUACUAGAACCCAGGCAUGGAUCCUUUAAGCUUUGAUGGACUCCCCCCUGGUUUUCUGUUUUUUUUUUUUAAAGAAGAGGCUGAAUUCGAGCCCCCGAAUGUAGCCACUGGCCUUGGUCUGAAGUGGAACCAGCCUCAGGUCACACCACAUGUUAAACCUUCGUAUCCCAGAGACACCCAAUUCUAGAGCAUGGUGUUCUAGACCCUUCUUGGAGCCAUUACUUCCUCCUGAAUCUCAGCUCCGGGACACAGCCCAUGACCCUCAGCCCUUUUUCCCAGGAUGGAACUAGGGCCUAAUAGCCAUAUUAUUGUACUAGAGUAAGUUCUAAAGCCACUCUUUCACUUCCUCCAAUGAUUAUUUAAGAAUGAGCUGUGGAUAGAACUCAGCUAUGAUUCAUUAAGAACUCAUUGGUUCUGAGCUGUGCUUAGUAGCACAUGCCUGUAAUUCAGCACCUGGGAGACUGAGUCAGAAGGAUUUCGAGUUGGAGGUCAUCGUGGGCUAUAAUAGCAAAGCCCUGUCUGAAAAGCCAACACACACACACACA